CCCGCUCAACGCUCAGGACGCAACCAGAGGAGAGGCGCGCGGGGCGAGAACAACCUCAUUCUAUUCAACGGAUGGCAAGAGACACGGCGGACGCAAAAAUACGCGUGGGAAUAAACAUGCAUGGUGAAAAACGCUUCUAUUGAAGACUCAGUUCUUAUGCAGUUGAAUAGAUCGCGGUAAGAUUAGAGUUCUGUCGCGUUUUUAAGCAAGAAUUACGCACCACGCGCCUUUCCAUCGCACACCAGCUUUUUACGCGCAGACCUUUUGGGGAUGAGAGAUUCCACCCGAGAUCCCAAAUCUGCAUUAUUCUCGCUCUAAAAUGCAAUCAAGGAACGGGAUCUUAACUGACAUUUCUGCUGUCUGGAAUUUAGCAUGGAGAAUAGACGCAUUAAACACUUUGCCACAUGUUAACGAAUGCUUUCAGCUCUGUUCUUGGACCGGCUUGUUGGAGCAAGCUCUGUUGAACUGAACCUGGCUCUGAAACCUUGGAAGCGUGUAGGUUAGAGACUGUGCGUGAUAGCUACACCUGCGCACUUGUCCCACUGACGGAAACCCCUGGGUGAGUUUUCAAAAACAACGGCAUGGACAGUCAUCCCAGACGUCUAUCCUGCGUGUGAGUCACCGUGAGCAAACAUUUGGACAGGCAGCGCUGACGGACCACGUUUGGGUUGAGGAUAUUUAACAGUGCGUACUUUGCGCAAGCGGCGACAGCACACGACUCCGGGACAAGGCUCGUUGCGGCUGCGGGAUUGGACCCCGGAGUGCUAAAUGCCCAGCCGGACCCCUGCGGCUCCUCAGGCUGGGCGGAAACAUGAAGUCCUGGGUCCUGCUGCCGCUGCUGCUGGCUGCGCUCUUAUCGGCCCGUCUGCGGCUCGGGAACGCUGAGGGCGAUCCACUCCCUCAGUCACUGGUCGACCUUGUGUGGGACUCUCCCAUCUCCUCAGUGGAGGACCUAAAGCUGCUGCUGCAGCAGGAGGCCAGUGCAAUAGAACAUACAGAGGAAGAGCAUGACCGUCUUCCAAGCGCCACCCAUGGCCGGUACACUAGAAGUCUUGAAGUCGAUGCAAAGAUUGCCGAGAAGGCAGAAUGUAAAGUCCGAACAGAAGUAAUGGAAAUAACACGAUCCAUGCUGGAUCGCACCAAUGCACACUUCCUGGUGUGGCCUCCGUGUGUGGAAGUGCAGCGCUGUUCCGGCUGCUGCAACAGCAAACAGAAUCAGUGUGUCCCCACUGUUGUCUCCAGCCGAUACUUGCAGGUAAUAAAGGUUGAGUACGUCAACCGGAAACCUCGCUAUGAAAAAGCCAUCAUCCCUGUGGAAGAUCAUGUAAGCUGUUUUUGCCAGCGAUCCUCUCCCUCCACAUCCUCUUCUUCCUCGUCAACUGUCUUUGUCUCUCAACCAAACCCUCUUCCGCCUCCACCACAAAAGCCCCCUGCAUCCCCCCACCUACCUCUGUCCCCUUCCCGCACACCUCAUCCGCUUCCGCCAAAGACUCACACUUCCAAGGCGGACCUCCAUCGCCACGAUGAUCUCAAGCACAACCAGCAUCAUCGCCAUCAUCCGCACGAGCACGAUCCGCUGGCGAGGCAAUGGGCACAGGGCAGUUACACUCAGCUGGUGCGCUGGACGCAGCCGAGAGUGCAUCAAGCCCCCGCACAUGUGCAGACUGGACUGCGCCAUACGACAGCCGGGCUGCUGGGCUCGGUCAGUACCUGGCCAUCCGAGGCCAGGGCGGAGCACAGCGUCAUGGGAAGCCCGCAGCAAGUUGGGCAUGGAAGUGGCUUUGAUAGGAGCCACGAGGAGACCGGUGGGGAAGUACACCGCCCUGAUCAUGAACAGCAUCAACAGCAAUUGUCAAAGCACCAGGCUAGACAGGAGCAUCAGUAUCCUGAUCGGCCACGCCACUCGCCGCAGUUCAACCCCGGAGGAGACGACGACCAGGAGCUAAGGACACAGUAUCUGCUUCACGCUCCUCAGUCAGACGAUGCUUUUUCUACUGUCAGCAUAACCCAGGCACCCAAGUUAGUAGAAAAUCCCACUCCUUUUACAUCCGUUAUUCAGAUAGACUCAGUGACCAGCCAAAAAUAUGCAGAGGUAACCCCUCACAAACAGAUGGAGACCAAAGGACACGGUCAAAAUAAAGGGACCGGGAAGGAAGAAAGCGGGUCAGCGGUUAGCGGGGACCUAGCCCAGGCAGAGGCAGCCAAUCAGGGGAAGGAAAAAGACUCUAUAUUGAGUGGGGGGCAAGAUCGUUUAACAGAGGAGGAGAUACGACAAAAGCUACUGGAGAUGGUACAGAGUGAGGCAGAAAAAGCGCCUCUUCUGCAUCCUCAGCAAAGGCCGAGACCGACAACAUUUAAAUCAGCUACAGCGCUGUUUACCGUAGCACCCAAGUCAACGGCAGCUCGUCAGGUACCGUUCCGACCUGCCUCUCCUCGCCGCAGGAAAAGAAAACACCGCAAACGUAUCAGCAAAGCUGCUAUGAGGGCUAUGAUCAUGUAGAGAUGAAGGAACUGGUGCUGCGAAGUGAGAGAUUAUGAAACACUUCUCCAAAGGGAUAUGGAGAUGUAAGAGGUCUUUCCUGCAGGUGGGACGUUCAGACCUGCUGUUUUAAGUAAUCAGCUUGGCAGAAAGUCACCUUUCCUCCUCUGGAGAUGCUGCAAAGUAUCCAUCAGUCUGGAUUUAAUAAGUGCAAUCUUGUGAACUCCUCAAGCUAUGAGAAACUUUGACACACUAAACACUGGAUUUCACUUGUGUCAGUUAAGCACAAAUGGAGCUAAAUGAGGAUUUAUUUGGACAGCGUUCAAAGAAUGCAAGGCAAGAGGCAACCAUUGACGGGCUACUUUUAACAAGUUGCUUCACAUCCAUGAUGGAUACUGAAUUGCUGAUUUCUGGCUAAUCAUGGAGUUUGAAAUAAAAACUAUCUGACCAGGAGAACUGGAUUUCUACACUGGGAUGAUGACUGGAAACUGUAGCGAGAAGCUUUGGCCUCAGUGCUAAAGAUUACUGUUACCCUGAAAUGUUUGAAUCUAAAUAAAAUAAAAAUAUCACUGGAGUAGCCACACACUGAUCAUACUACACUGACUUUAGAGACUACUGUGUACUGUAGCUAAUUGUACAGGAAAAUAUCAGUAACCUGCUCAUUUUUUACUACUGCCUGAUAGAAUGAAACAGAAUAACAACUAAACGCCUGCUUUAAUAACAUGCUAUAAAUAUCCACAGGUCUUAAAGACAUGGCUUUUAGAGACUGUUGUGAGCCAGUUAUAGAUAAUGCUACGUUGUAAAAUAAAAUAAAAAUGCUUUUAAGAAAAAUAAUUUCCUGGUGAAAGAGAAAAAAAAAUAUUUCUUAACUUAUUAAAAAAUUGAGGACAGGAAGUCCUUUUCGUUAUCAAGUGUAAUUAUUGUCUCCAACAUGUAAUGUUAUAAUAUUUGGUUGUACAAUUGUAAUGAAUGUUAUUUUUCAUAAAAAAUAAAAAAAAAUGUUCAAGGAAAA